ACAAGGUCUGUUUUCUGUGGCUGAAGUAGUGUACAUUUUUGGAACUUGACGUAAGAUAGGUAUAUGUUUGAUAUUUGUUGAAAGUGAAAAAGAAAGUGCUAGUCUAGUGUAGUUUAGUACAGAAGACAGAUCAGUAAAUGCAUAAAUUAGUACGUAAAGAGCAGUGGAAUGGUUCUUGUUUGUACUACAAACUAUUUCUGAGCACACAGUAAUUAUUUAAAAAAAAAAAAUGCUGUCAGGACAAUUUAUUCGUAAUAUUCAGUUACGUAUAACACGAUAUUUUACUCGUAGCAGUAUUUUAGGAGAAAUUAAUAAAGUAGAUAAAAUUCCUGCACAAACAAGCAAUGAACCUACAAAGGAAAGUGUCAUAGGUACACGCAUGCAUCGGGUAACUAAUUUUGACAAGAAAAUACUUGUUUGGGUAAAACGAUAUCCGAGUAUUGCAGAUGUUCCUAAGGAUGUUACAGUGGACUGUAUACUUGGUGCAAGAAGUAAAGCACGAAUCAAGACAUGUAAUUAUAUGAUAGUUUUUACCAUAAUUGGUUGUAUAGGCGCUGUAUUACUUGGAAAACGAGAUGCUAAAAGAGGAGAAAGUUUGUUUAAACAAAGAGAAAAGUGGCUCGAAGAAAUCAUCACAGAAAAUAAAAAGACAUAGAUUGUAAAUAUUAGGAAAA